GAAAUUAGAAGGUCAACGAACUUCCAAUCCCAAGUAAGACUUGAAUUUUUGAAGAAGUGACUUUCACUUGAGCAAAACUCCAAAGUCCGAAACCCACCAAAAAUCCGAUCAAACCAACCGACACUCUCACUAACCGGUGGGACCCACUCAACGGGCAUUAAUUUCACCGUCACCGACGUCACAGAGAGAGAAAGAAGAGAGAGAGAGAGAGUUUUGCUAUACUAACAUGGCGGCCGUGGUAUCGGAGAAGAUGGUAGAUCCGACGACACCAACCUCCGCCCCUCCAAUUUCACAAUCCAUGGAUAAUAUCAAUAAUUACUCCGGCGACUCGCCCUCCGGUUCUCCGCCGCGCGAUGCUCCCGAUCGAUCUUACUCCUCAACUCCCAGCCCUUCCCGGCAGCUCGACCCUCAGAGUCAACUGCUAACGAGAGUUGAAGAAUAUCGGCAGCUAUUUCGUCUUCCACCUGACGAAGUUCUCAUCCAAGAUUUCAAUUGUGCCUUGCAAGAGAAUUUUCUUCUCCAGGUAAUGUACUUUUUUUAUGUUGGCCUGUUAGUUUAUGAACAUGCUGUAAGUGAAAUAUUACUUGUUCUGUUUGACAUGUUCUCUAUUAUGUUGACAUUGAUUGGAAUUAUUAAUUUUCAGAAAAUUAUUGCGUUUCACGAAAUCACAGCUGUACGAAGAGCCAAAGCAGUAGCUGUUUUUCCAACGGCUAUAGAAAUAAUGGCGGGGGGAAAGAAGUAUUUCUUCACCUCUUUUUUAUUCCGAGAUGAUGCUUUUAAGCUCAUCAAUGAAGGUUGGCUGCAGCACAGUAAUGGGUCUAAGGAAAUUGAAGAUCAGCAGCAGGAGCCAGUGUCUGAUAUAAGCAGCCAGGAGAAUGGCAGUUCAUUAGUUGAAGAAUUUGGUAGUUCCAGACAAUCUGUGGAUGACUCUGAAAUCGUUGAAAGUGAUAAGAAUGGCUCCGUAUCAGAGUCCAAACAUAUCCGUGAUAGUGAACCUGAAAUUGUCUCCACAUCGUUAGUCACGGAAGUUAGGGAAGAAACAAAUGUAGAAGCUGCUCCUGUUAUUGAGUGUUCAUCAUCAGUAAAAUCUUCCGGUUGGGAGCCUGAGGAUACUGAUGCACCUGGAGUUCCUGAAGGCUACACGAAAGUUGCGGAAACACAUUUUCAGCUACCUGUAGAAGAGCUCUUUAAAAUAUUCGUCUCUGACGAUGGUGCCGAUUUUCAUGAGUCAUUUCAUAAAAAAUGCGGCGAUAAAGAUUUCAAGUGUACGCCAUGGCAUCCUCAUGAAAAAUUUGGGCACACUCGUGAUGUAUCAUUUCAACAUCCAAUUAAAAUCUAUUUUGGUGCAAGAUUUGGUAGCUGUAAAGAGAUUCAGAAAUACCGAGUCUAUAGGAACAGUCAUUUGAUUGUUGAUACUUCACAAGAGAUCACUGACGUACCGUACGGUGACUACUUCACUGUUGAGGGCCGCUGGGAUGUAGAGAACGAGGGCAAUGAUUCGAAGCCUGGUUGUGUAUUAAGGGUUUACAUCAAUCUGAACUUUUCAAAGAAAACAAUGUGGAAAGGCAAGAUAGUGCAGUCUACAGUAGAAGAGUGUCGAGAAGCUUAUGCAAUCUGGAUAGAUCUUGCACAUGAAUUGUUGAAGCAGAAGAACCUAGAGAAGGAAGAAGGAGGUGUUCCAUCUAACUUGAUUUCAAGCGGCCAAGUUCAACCGGAAAAACUUGCAAACACCACCCAACAACAACGCGUGGAAACAAGUCCUAGUGAACUGAGAGUAUCGCAAAUCGUACCAGAUCUGAUGGACACGAACCACAGAGUCAAUGCUCCUCCACAAGGAAUUGUAGGCGAGGUAGUCGCUGGAUCUUUCUUAAGAGAUACCGUCGCCAAAUUCUCCACAUCUUUAAAACACCAGAGCACCUCAUCCCUACUUCUGGUCAUCAGCAUUGCUGUAAUUCUCCUUCUAAUGCAGAUAAGCAUCCUCGUGUUGUUAAGUAGGCCCCAGCGGAUCCACGUUAUUCCUCAACAAGGGUGCAUGAGCACCGGAAUGAGUGAAAGCAGGGGAGAAGUACUCGCCUCGAUAAAUAAGCAAAUUAAGUAUCUGAAAGAGGAGAUGCAUCUCGUCGAAACAUUACUGGAGAAGAUGCGAAAUGAGCACUCCCAAAUCAAAGGGAAAUUGAGGGAUUUAGAGCUCUUUAGGAACCAGAGAUUCUAACGAAAUAUGUUGGUUUUUUUCUUCAGGUAAAUAAUAAAUAUACGUUUUGUUGUAAAUCAGAAUUAAUAAAAUUUUGGACUGCACAUCAAAUUGUAAUUCUCCAAAA